AUUGAAGGUCAUUAUGGCCGUAAGGUUUGAUGUGACCAAUUUCUCAUGAGAUUUUUUUGGAUAGUUGUUAUUUCGAAAGAUGCAUACACUGUGGUAACCCCCACAUCCCUUUUGAUUUUUUGAAUUCAAUAUCUUUAUCAAAAGAUUUUCAAGGCUAUUAAUAGACGGAUUCUUUACAGGACAAUGGACUAGACUCAAGUGACAUAUCCGAACGAUAGUCAAAAACGUAUCAUUUAAAUUUAACUGGUAAUAUUUCUGAAUGUCACAGGUGGAGUAAUGGAUGACGUAACUAAGCCUUCUAACUUCAAAUUUUCUGUCCAAGGUAAUGGUAUCAGAAAUUAUGGUGUCUCAUCUAAAGACAUUUGCUCAGUCAAUCGCUUACCAAGGCACACAGAAUCUGCGGUCUCUUAUUACAGAACAUCGAUCAGUUUAGGACCCAAAUCAGGUUCCUCCCUAUGGAAUCAUUGUCCACCAAGUCCCGGUGGGAAUGGAAAUGACAGGCCAAAUAACUUGAAUAGUCGUUUCUUAAAACUUGAACUUAAUGAAAACAAUGAGACGAAUCAGAAGUUGUGCAAUGGAUAUCAUAUAAACUGUAAUUCUACUGAUAGUCUGAAGUCGUUAGAUAAACGGGGAUCUUCAGAAACAGACAACAGAGGCAACAACAGCACUUCUUUAUGCUGGCCCAAUUCUUCAUUAGCUAGUCCUUCGCAUACAUCAGUUACUUUACCAGUUGGCACCAACCACUCAUACCACAGAGGUGGGCUUGUGGGGCUCAACAAUCUUGGAAACACUUGUUUUAUGAAUUCAAUUCUUCAGUGCCUGAGUAAUACAGCUCCACUUACUGAGUAUUGUUUGGAGGAUCGAUAUCUGAAGGAUAUCAAUAAAUCAAGUUCCAUGAAUGGCAUGUUAUUUCGAUCGUAUGCCGAUUUGAUGAAAGAACUUUGGGAUCCUGAUAUGGUCAAUUCUUCUACUAGUCCCAGUCGUUUCAAAAGUCAAAUUCAACGAUUCGCUCCUCGUUUCAUGGGAUAUUCUCAACAGGAUUCACAAGAAUUUCUACGAUAUGUUCUGGAAGGUUUACAUAUGGAAGUGAAUCGCGUUCAAAAACGUCCACAUCCAAUCAAACCAGAUUAUGAAGCUGAAGAUCGCCUUCCGGAUAAUGAAAAGGCGAAUUUAUACUGGAAACGAUAUCUAUCCAUGGACAAUAGUGAAAUUGUGGAUCUAUUUGUUGGGCAGUUAAUGAGUACGCUCGAAUGUGCAGAUUGUUCUUUCAAAUCAACUACUUUUGAUCCCUUUUGGGAUUUAAGUUUACCCAUACCAAAAAAACCAAAUGUAAAUAUCCUGGAUUGUUUAAAUUUAUUCACAUCUAAAGAAGAACUGGAUGGUGAUGAUAGACCAAUCUGUAGCCGAUGUAAAACUCGAAGACGAUGUACAAAAAGUUUCUCUAUUCAGAAAUUCCCAAACAUUCUUGUACUUCAUUUAAAGCGUUUCUCUGGUGAACGUUUUCGUUCUAAAAUGUCAGUCAUGGUUGAUUAUCCUUUGAGAAGUUUAGAUUUGAUUGGAUUCGCUACUCCAAGUUGUACACAAAGGUCAGCUCAAUACAAACUAUAUGCUGUAUCUAAUCACAGUGGAAAUGUUUACACUGGACAUUACACAGCCUCAUGCUUAAAUCCUUAUACAGGUAACUGGUACUCCUACAAUGAUAGUCAUGUACACGCUAUCUCAGAAAAUUCAGUUGUCUCUGCUGAAGGCUAUGUACUUUUCUAUACACUUGUUCGAUAAUAUUUCAAUUUUGUUAUUUUCCUUUUCUUUAGAAUUUGUAAUUUUCAGUUAAAUGUUUAACUUCAAGGAGUAAAACAGAUAUAUGUAUGUACUCAUAAACAUGUGUAUGUAGUAUGCAGUUAUAAACAGUGUAUGUUAUCUUCAAUUCACUGAAUAUAAUAUACCUUUUUAUUUGCUUAUUUAAUUAUUAUUGGUUUUGUGCAUAAUGCUUUGUGUAGAAUAAAAAUUCUGUAAAGAAAAAUUAACGUACUACUGAAUACUACUAUUUAUUUAUGUUAUUGGGCUUUCACUGAAAACAAAGGAGGCGAAGAAUAAACUGAAUUUAAACAAAUUUCUUGCCUUCGUUACCUGAAUCAAUUUUCAAUUACCCUGCUAUUUUUAUGCAUAUCUCAGUGGUAACUCAGAACUGCACAAGACUACAUAGUUUAUAUAUUUAUAUUGAUGUGAAAGAAAGUAAAAAUGAGUCAAUUAACGUUACUAUCAUCUUUUAUGAUGAACCCCUUUGUGUUUUUAUCCUUUCCUCGUUCUGCUGUGUAUCGUACUUCUUAUUUUAUAUCUACUGUAAAAUACUGAAAAAGGUCUAUUUCAGUUAUCAAGAUUUCAUUACGUGUGUGUAUGUGUGUGUGUACAUGUGCCCGUUUUUCCAUUCCGUGGUACUUGAUUAUGAGUUUGUGUGUAUGUAUGCUUGUGUACGUAACUAGAUGCUUAUUCUUGAUUUCUAUGUAUUUCUCACAUAUUAAUUCUCCCUUUUAACCUUUCAACUUUGUCUUCCAAAAAGAUAUAUAAACAUAGAAUGGAUAAAUGUUUAUUAAAGGUAUUCCACGUUGUUAAUUAUCCACUAACUUGUGUGAUUUUGAGUUAAAGACAGACGGCUGUGAUUUCUACCACUAAGCAUGUGGAAGUGGUUCUCUUUUCCAUUUCGGUGUACAACAUAAACUAUUGUUAUUAUCUUUCGUAUUUUGCUCAAAGUGAAGAGAUUCUACUGACCUGUUAUCAGCUUUAUUAAAAAUAAGCCUAUUUUAGAUUAUUUUGACUGUUGUAGCUAAAAACGUAGAAAUAGCUGCAAUAUAU